GAGGCCCUGGCCCGGGGUGGGGAGGAGUCUGAGGGGUUCGGAGCGAGCUCCGCCGCCGGGUGGGUCGGGGCGUUUGGCGCGCCCUUCUUUGAGUGGCGGUGGCCGGGCUGGGCGCCGGGAGUGGGAAGCGACGGCGCGGCUGGAAAAUGCCUGUCCAUUCCCGAGGGGAUAAGAAGGAGACGAAUCAUCAUGAUGAGAUGGAGGUGGACUACGCGGAGAACGAGGGGAGCAGCUCGGAGGAUGAGGACACCGAGAGCUCGUCGGUCUCCGAGGAUGGGGACAGCUCAGAAAUGGAUGAUGAAGACUGUGAAAGAAGAAGAAUGGAGUGCUUAGAUGAGAUGUCCAAUCUUGAAAAACAGUUUACAGAUCUCAAAGAUCAACUUUAUAAAGAACGAUUAAGUCAGGUGGAUGCAAAACUACAAGAAGUCAUAGCUGGAAAAGCACCAGAAUAUUUGGAACCACUGGCAACUUUACAAGAAAAUAUGCAAAUUCGUACAAAGGUAGCAGGAAUCUAUAGAGAGCUCUGCUUAGAAUCUGUAAAGAACAAAUAUGAAUGUGAAAUUCAAGCUUCUCGCCAGCAUUGUGAGAGUGAAAAGCUCUUGUUGUACGACACAGUCCAGAGUGAGCUUGAGGAGAAGAUAAGAAGGCUGGAGGAGGACAGGCACAGCAUUGACAUUACAUCAGAGCUGUGGAAUGAUGAGCUUCAGUCGAGGAAAAAGAGGAAGGACCCUUUCAGUCCUGACAAGAAGAAGCCAGUUGUGGUCUCAGGCCCAUAUAUAGUUUAUAUGCUGCAAGAUCUUGAUAUUCUUGAGGAUUGGACAACAAUUAGGAAGGCAAUGGCUACAUUGGGCCCACACCGAGUUAAAACAGAGCUUUUUGAACUGAUCCCCUUAGCACCUGUGAAACUGGAAAAGCAUCUGCACAGUGCUCGGUCUGAAGAGGGAAGACUGUAUUAUGAUGGCGAGUGGUAUAUACGGGGACAAACAAUAUGUAUUGAUAAGAAAGACGAAUGCCCUACAAGUGCUGUAAUUACAACAAUUAACCAUGAUGAAGUUUGGUUUAAGAGGCCUGAUGGAAGCAAAUCUAAGCUUUACAUUUCACAGCUACAGAAAGGAAAAUAUUCAAUUAAACAUUUGUAAUCAUGAUUUAAGUGUUAUCUAAAUCUACCUUAUUAGUGUUACCAAGUGUAAUGUGCCAUGAAAGUAAAAGAAUGUAUCCAGUAACUUAAUAGUCUCAGAAAAUCAUGAGAGACUGUGUAUUUGUAGGUAAUACUCUAAGUAGACCUCAUAUUGCUAUGCCAUUAAAAGAAACAGUAAUAAAAAUUUAAUCAUGACCGUUACAUUUAUUUGCCUCUUAGGUCCAGUGGCCAGCAGGUGUAUUUGGUAGGUAUUUCUUUCUAAAAUGUGUUUUUUAUGUUUUAAGUGUGUGAAUGUAUCUCAUCUUCAGUCAACUACAGCUACAGUUAACUGCAGUUUUUAAAUUUCUGUCUUUGUCACUCACUACCUUUGUAAAUAAGACGGAUAAAAUGUUUCCAAAACUUGAUUUGUAUUAGUACAGAGUAUGUAUGAGUAUAUAUGGCAUUGACAGCUCACUUAGAACUGAUAUCCUAACCUUACAAUCUUGUUUUACUCAAAAUUAAACUAUUGGGUUUGAAGUGAAAGGAGCACUUUGGUAGACUAGUUUUCCUUCUUCUCUUCCUUGAUUGUAUGGUGGUAACCUAUUUUUACAAAUUAUACUCUAUGUUAGUAAGUAAAAUUAGUGUCAAGCAUGGACACAUUCUCUGUAUUUCUUGUGACUGUUUGGAGGGCAGGUGCCUACACCUGGUAUUUAUGAUGUAGGAAGUAUGUGAGCAGUGACUGACAUGACUGUGUGGCACUUGCUCUACAUGUCUGAUCUUUUGGAAAAGGUUUUAGUAAGUAUUUUCCAGAGGCAAACCUAGAUCCUUGUUCUAACUUUAUUGCUAGGGUGAAAUAGACAUGGAUGAUUCCCUUGAAUCUACUCCCAAAUUGAUAUUUUUUUAAUCUUUGGUGUUUUUACACUUUAAGAGCAUUUGGUGCAAUCUAGAAAAUGUUGGCCUCCCUUCUCUAAGCCACCUUCAAAAUAAACUUCCAAAGGCUCUGAACUGCGCAAAGAAUUGAAGCGCUCAAUGUGACAGCGCAGUUGGCAUAGUAUGUGUUUAAGGUACAACCAAACCAAGUAUUCCUGGUGGUCUUGUGCACUUUAAUUUCUGUUAUAAUGAUAUUCAGGAGGAUGAGGAGGAAAUUUAUUUGUUAACACUUAGUACAGGAAUAUCUGCAUGAUUCCGUUAGUUUCUUAACAAUUUUACCUCUGCAAACUUCGUCCUGUGCAGAUCACUACUUCACAAUUGCCAAAUUGUAUACCAUUUGACUUUUGAAAUUCAGUAUCAGCAUUGUUAUGCUGCUUUGUUCUGUUUCUGAUCAACCUUCGCAGGUGUAUAUAACAUCAUAAUCCAAUAGUAUUUGACAGUACUUAUGUAUACAAUGUUUGAUAAGCAUUUUUAAUGAGAUUGUAUUUUUAAAUUGAGUAUGUAAUAAAAAGAUGUGUUUGAGUGUCA